CGCUUAUCCUGUGAGCGCAGCACUAUGAAAACGCUGGUCGCGGGAUUUAGCUUGUAGUUCUUUGCCUCUGUUACAAGCCUUAUUGAAGGUACUUUACCAGCUCAUACUAGGGCAUACACAUUUCUCUAUUGUGUUGUCCUGUCAGUCCGGUCUUUAAUUCAUUAUUAACCCAACGCCAUUGUUGAGAAAGAACACCAUCGGAAAGAUUUCUACAGUAUUUAGUUUAAAUUAAUCUCGACUUUGUGGCAGCACUAUCCAUGUUCUGGCAGAGUCUUAAAAAUGAAUUUGGAAGAGUUUACCUAAUGGGUCCAUAUCAUAAGCUUUUUCGAAGUCGAUAAAUUCAAGUCUAAUUCAUUCCGUAGAGGUCCUGCUAAUAGGAAGCAGUCAGGACAGAAACCUCAUCUUACUGAAGAAAUGAAACGUGACAUGAAAGAGGCAUUUGAAUUAUUUGAUACAGAAGGAAAAGGACAAAUUGAUAUCAAAGAAUUAAAGGUAGCUAUGCGAGCGCUGGGUUUCGAACCCAAGAAAGAAGAAAUUAAAAGAAUGGUGGCAGAAAUCGACAAAGAUAAUACUGGUAUUCUGACUUUUGAUGACUUUUGUAAGUUAAUGUCUGAGAAAAUGGCUGAAAAGGACUCAAGAGAAGAAAUAAUGAAAGCAUUCCGUUUGUUUGAUGACGAUGAAACUGGCAAAAUUUCAUUUAAGAAUUUGAAACGUGUAUCAAGAGAAUUGGGAGAGAAUUUGACCGAUGAGGAAUUACAGGAAAUGAUAGAUGAAGCAGAUAGAGAUGGUGAUGGUGAGAUCAGCCAAGAUGAAUUUUUAAGAAUUAUGAAGAAAACAAGUUUGUACUAAUAUUCAUCAAGAAUGGAAUAAAGAUUUUUUUGUUGGUGAAAAUUGUCACGUAAUUGUUUCAAUUACGCAAAAUUUUGAUUACAUACAAAUAAUCUGUAUUCCUAGAAGAAUAAAAAUCCCUAAUUACUAAACGUUUGUUGAUUAUUUUGUAUAUUCAUAAUUUAUUUUCUCUUUGAUUUAAUUUGUUUUGAUUUAUUUUUGUCAAAAAUAGUAAAAACUGUUCGAGGUGGACGUGUAAUCUGCACACAUUUCCUCUAUACCCUAAUUGUUGAAAUAUACUAUACAGUUGAAUCAUAAAACUGGUCAGUAAAAUAAAAUUUAUUUUCUGAAACAAGAACAAAAUAAGUUUUUUUAUAUGAUAAUUUACCUCUCAAUCCAGAUCUAAUUUAAGAAUUUUGUAUCGGCC